AUGAUUGCAUUAAUUGCAAUCCUUUCACUUGCCUCAGCAACUGAAGUUAAUUUGAUGAUGCCACUUGACACUGUUAAUUCUAAUGGAAUUAAUAAUAAAGGACAACUUCAAAAUGAUUUAAAUAAAAUUAAGUCAGGAGGAGUUGCUGGAGUUAUGGCAGAUAUUUGGUGGGGACUUGUAGAAACAUCACCAAGAAAUUACAAUUGGAAUGGAUAUAAAGAAUUAGUUCAAAUGGUUAAAAAUGCAGGAUUAAAAUUCCAAGCAGUUAUGUCAUUCCAUAAAUGUGGAGGAAAUGUAGGAGAUUCAGUAACUAUUCCCAUUCCACAAUGGGUAAUUAAUGCUGGUGAAUCAGCUGGUGCUUUCUUUAAAGAUCGUGAAGGUUGGACUAAUAAUGAAUAUAUUUCAUUUGCCGCUGAUGAAGAACCUGUUUUUGAAGGUAGAACACCACUUCAAAUGUACAAAGAUUUUAUGACUUCAUUUAAACAAAACUUCCAAAGUUAUAUUGAUGAUGGAACAAUUAAUGAAAUUCAAGUAGGUAUGGGACCAUGUGGAGAAACUAGAUAUCCAUCAUAUCCAGGAGCUAAAUUCCAAUAUUGUGGAAUUGGUGAGUUUGAAUGCUCUGAUAAAUUUUCUCUUUCAAAAUUAGCUGCUGCUGCAUCAAAUGCUGGACAUUCAGAAUGGGGAUAUUCUUCUCCAUCAAAUGCAGGAAAUUAUAAUUCUAGACCACCCUCAUCAACAGGAUUCUUUGGAAAUGGAAAUGAUAAUUAUAAAAGUGAAUAUGGUAAAUUCUUCCUUGGAUGGUAUCAUCAACUUCUUCUUGAUCAUACUAAUAAAGUACUUUCUAUUGCUAAAUCAAUCUUUGGUAAUUUAGCUAUUGCAGGUAAGAUUUCUGGAAUUCAUUGGUGGUAUACUGAUGCUUCUCAUGCUGCAGAAGUUACUGCUGGUUAUUAUAAUACUAAUAAUCAAAAUGCUUAUACUAAUAUUGCUCAAGUUUUCAAAAACUAUGGUACUCGAUUUGAUUUUACUUGUCUUGAAAUGAGUGGAACUGAUGGAAAUUGUGGUUCAAAUCCAGCUGCUCUUGUUGACCAAGCUUAUAAGAGUGCUGCUUCUGCUGGACUUGGAAAAUGUGGAGAAAAUGCACUUGAAUUAUGUGGAUAUGGAGGAUGUAAUACUAAUGGAUUUAAUCAAAUUGUUAAACAAGCAAAAUGGUAUGGACUUCAUUCUUUUACUUAUUUAAGAAUGACUAGAGCUCUUCUUGAUGAUGGAACAGCUUGGGGACAAUUUUGUUCCUUUGUUAAUUCGAUGAGAUAA